AUGUCCGCAAUCGGAGAAGGAGGUAUGGGAUCUCGUCGCGCAGCACGACAAAUGCGAAUGGAUAUGAGAGAACUUCGUGUUAUUGAAUCGAAACGAUCACAUGCGACAUUUUGGACAAGAAACCGACGUUUUAUUGCACUGGCUAUUGCUGGCGCUUGCGUGGCUGGUAUGUUGAUUGCUGUUGGUGCUCUAAUUCCAACGAUGGUCAAGAAAGAUUCCGAAGCCACAGAUACUACUUUAGCAGCAAGUAUGACCACAACUACGGGAGGAAAAGGAACAAAAUCAUCAUGGACAACGUCAACAACAAUGCAAACCAAGAUCACCAGAUCCAUCACCACAAGUAGUACUAGCGGCGGCGGUAGUAGCAGCAGCACGACAAGAUCAAGAACAACAACAGUGCGAACUAGAACUACCAGAACUACUACUACCAGCAGGAGCAGCGCGAGUACGAGUAGUACCACCGACAGCAGCAGCAGCAGCACGACAACAACAACAACGAUGCGAAGCAAAGUCACCAGAUCUACCACCAUACGUAGUACUAGCAGCACAAGUGGUAGUACAACUACAACACCUCCAACGACGACUACAACGCCACCAACAACGCCGACGACAUCUUCGACUACAUCAUACCAGUGCUGUCCAAGUAACCGUGCUUGUUGUAGAAGUACUCAGUCAACGUUUUAUACAAAAGGUGGAACAACUACCACAACUACUGUACGUUCCACAAAAGGCCUCACCAAACCUCCAAAAGGUUAA